GGGGGCGUGGCCGCGGCGGCGCAGUUGUUGGGGGAGCCCUAUAAUGGCGGCCGGGCGGCGGCAGCGCGGUAGCGGCGCGGAGAAAAAUAAGUUUCUAAACCAGUGGAGAUACUUGAACAGGCUCUUUUUGAUGUGUUUCCUAUUGCCUGCUUUACUGACAUAAAGAGAAUUCCAUUUAUCCCUGGCAGUGUCACAGACCCUUUCAGUUGUGCUUUAUUUGCGUUGUGUUUGGCUCUGUUUGCCCAGUGAUAACUGGCUGGCCAAGCCUUUUUCCCCCCUGUCUAUAGUCAGUGUCCCUUUUUGGUUUGGUUGUGUGAAGGUGGUGGGGGUGUGGUUUUGGUUUGUGAUCUUGCAGGGAGGUGCGUAGAGAGGGUCAUGAAUCUACAGCAGUGUUUGGUGGCUUUUGUUUUGGUGUGUGUCUCACUUUACUUACAGAGCAACGUCUUAACUUUUGUCCUUGCCCUGUUGAGCAGAAGUGAAAGUCAGGUGCAGGGCACAAGCUUCUGCAGUCAGUUACCCUUUAAACCUCCUGCAGCUGUAGACUCCUCAAUCACAAGAGACUUGGUGAAAAAUCACAGUAGUACUAAAAACCAGAAGCAGUCCAAAGCAUCUGCUUGUCUUGGUAUCAGUGAAAGAAAUUCAUGAUGAAAUUAUACCCGAAACAUUUAUUUCCACAGUCAUCUGCGUAACAGGCAGUGUUAAUCAGAUCUGUUACUGCUUGCCCACAGGCUUCAACUAGAACUUCUCCUUGCUCUUCCAGGCAUCGAUGGAGAGCAUGGUACCAUACUAUUAUUCCUGCAGAUGCUCACAGAAGGCACUGAGAGAAAGGAGCAGGAGCAUAUGGGAUAGUCCCGUCUCAGUGCAAUGCAAGUCUAGGUUUGAAUUGUUGCCACCUUGAAAACUGGGCUGUAUUUGAAAUGUUAAUAGUCCCACCAAAAUGAUGUAAUUUCACCUUUCACUAGUCCGUGGCAACAGGUGCAGGUUUACAGAGUAGCUUCUGGAACGUUUCAGCACUUGGAUGCAGCAUCAGUGUAAUGCUCGGAGGCACUCUCCUGUUAGCGGCAGGGUUUCGGUAGGCCUCGUAUUGCUGCACCAAACCACAUGGGGGAAAAUACAGCCCAGUUCUUGUUCAUAAGUUUUAGUUCUGUGGGUUUUUCCCCCCUUCCCCAGAACCCUUGGUCUUGAAGAUGGUGAGUAGCCAGCCUAAGUACGAUCUAAUACGAGAGGUUGGUCGUGGCAGUUAUGGUGUGGUGUACGAAGCAGUCGUCAGGAAGACCUCUGCACGGGUCGCGGUGAAAAAGAUUCGGUGCCAUGCUCCAGAGAACGUGGAACUAGCUCUGCGUGAGUUCUGGGCACUUAGCAGUAUCAAGAGCCAGCAUCCCAACGUCAUUCACCUGGAGGAGUGCAUCUUGCAGAAAGAUGGUAUGGUGCAGAAGAUGUCCCAUGGCUCCAGUUCCUCCCUUUAUUUACAGCUUGUAGAGACCUCAUUAAAAGGAGAAAUAGUCUUUGACCCCAGGAGUGUUUAUUACCUCUGGUUUGUGAUGGAUUUCUGUGAUGGAGGAGACAUGAAUGAGUAUCUGUUGUCCCGAAAGCCAAACCGCAAGACCAACACCAGCUUCAUGCUUCAGCUCAGCAGCGCCCUGGCAUUCCUGCACAAAAAUCAGAUUAUUCAUCGUGAUCUCAAACCUGACAACAUUCUGAUCUCUCAGAGCAGGAUGGAUGCAAGUGACUUGGAGCCUACCCUGAAAGUGGCUGAUUUUGGGCUGAGUAAAGUAUGCUCAGCCUCAGGACAGAACGCCGAGGAGCCAGUCAACGUAAAUAAGUGUUUUCUAUCAACUGCAUGUGGGACUGACUUCUAUAUGGCCCCUGAGGUCUGGGAAGGACACUACACUGCCAAAGCAGACAUCUUUGCACUGGGGAUUAUAAUCUGGGCAAUGCUGGAAAGAAUCACAUUUAUAGAUACAGAAACCAAGAAGGAACUCCUGGGGAGUUACGUCAAGCAGGGGACAGCGAUCGUGCCCGUUGGAGAGGCCCUCCUGGAGAACCCCAAAAUGGAGCUGCUCAUCCCUGUGAAGAAGAAGUCCAUGAACGCUCAGAUGAAACGGCUGCUGAAGGAGAUGCUGGCUGCCAAUCCCCAGGACCGCCCCGAUGCCUUUGAGCUGGAGCUUCGAUUAGUCAACAUCGCUUUUAAGGACAGCAGCUGGGACACGUGAUGGGGGCCCGGCUGUGUGUGUGUGUGUCCUGAUAGAGCUGCUUCUCACUGAACUGAUAGCGCAGCUUAACAGCAGUAAAAGAAACGAGCCUGAACUCCAACCUGCAGGGUGUAGUUUCUACCAAAUGAAUCUCUUUUUGAGUCUCAUGAUACGAGUGUCGAGGCGGCUGCUGUGCGUUGAUGUGUAUAAUACCAGGGUGUUACAUGCAAGUGUAAGGUGUGACAGUGUUUGUCGGUGUAUGCUGGCAGUGGGAUGUCUUUAAGAGCUGAGGCUUUACUUCUAGCACUAUGUCAUGGAGUAUUUCGUACAUUCCAGUUUCCUAUGUGAGUAUUAGGAACUCUAAUGGAAAAAAGAUUUGCAUGCUGGUAGUGCAAAUCUUCAAGCUUUGUAAAGCAAUUCUGUGUAUAUAUUUAUGUAUAUGAGUGACUGGGAGUGUAUGGCACUUAAAUUAUUUGGUGUGGGUCUGCAUGAUUGGGGUCUGCUAGAAAACAAGAUGAAGAUAGAUGAGAAGCAUUCCUCCUCCUUCAGGCCUGAAUAACUUGAUUAUUUAUUUUUGUUAUCUAAUGUCAAAGAGAGGCUCUGAGACUUGACAAAGA